AGAAUGAUUAACUGAUUACAAAAUGAAGAUCUGGAUUUUGUGGUUGUCUCUUCCAAUUUUAAACUCCAGGUUCUCCCCGAAUCUACCAGAGUCCCUUCUACCCAACUUCUACUCUCAGUACCCUGGCCUAGAUCCUCGUCAGAGACCAGUAGAGACUGCAGGUCAAAGAGGACUAACCCAUCAAAACGGAGGACAGAAUGAUUAUGAAAAUAAAAAAUGUUGGGGUUACGAACCUGGUUGCAAGAAAAAGUUUAGAUUUUCGUCUCCAUCUUGUCCUGGAGAUUUCACCGGGUGGGCCUCAAGCCGUUCCGAGGCCAAGGACUUGUUCUACAACCAGGCGGACUUCGGGUUCGUCAAGGAACAGAUUAAGGAAUUGAAAAACUACUGCAAGGACUCGUCGGCCUCAAAUUCCUCCUCGACCUCCACCUUCUCGGGCUCCUCAUCCUCGGCAUCUCACACCUCCACCUCCUCCCUGCUGUGCUCGAAGAACCUGAUGUUCUGCACGGCUAGUCAUCUUCUGUUAGACCUAAGACAUGUCAAGGAUCGGAGUGAUAGAGAAAAUCUCCGAUAUAAGAUGGAUGUUCUCUCCCCCGGAGAUAUCCAGGUGCACUGUAACCUAGACCAGGACGGAGUAAACAAACAGCUUGAGUUCAUGUCUCCACUACAAUCCUGGGCUCCAGAACUCAGAAAUAUCAGAGAAGCCAAGGAGGCCAUAACAGCCGCAAAUCCGUCAUGUGACGUGUACAUAGAUAAGCCCGUGUACAUAAUGAAACUAGACGCGGCAGUGAACAUGUACCACCAUUUUUGCGAUUUCUUCAACUUGUUCGCAUCUCUGUUCAUCAGAGAUGCCAUCUUGAAAAAUGGAACAGAACAAUUCAAUAGAAAUAAUCAGAUCUUGAUUUGGGAAAACAUGAAAUAUUAUUCAAACUUCGGAGCAGCUUGGGAGGCCUUUACGGAGAACCCUGUUCAGAAUUUGGAAACUUUUGUUGGGAAAAGAGUUUGUUUUAAGAAUGCAGUCUUCCCAUUACUGCCCAGGUUUGAAGAAUGCAGGUUGACCCUAUUAGCGAGGAAGACAAAGUACAGGAGGAUAGAGAAUGAGGCUGAGCUGGUAAACAGCCUCCAGAAAUCUGGCAGGUUCGAGGUCAACCUUGCAAGGUUUGAUCACAGGGUUCCAUUCAAAUUUCAAUUGGAAGCUAUUAAAAACACAGAUAUUUUGGUUGGAAUCCAUGGGGCUGGAUUGACCCAUAUGCUGUUUCUACCUGACUGGGCUGGAGUAUUUGAACUAUAUCAUUGUAAGGACCCAGGCUGCUACAGUGACCUAGCAAGGUUGCGAGGUUUAAAAUAUCUGACCUGGGAGAAGAUGACCAAGUUGACCAGCCUUGAGGUCGAGGGAUCUCCGUACACUGGGCCAGCACACCAGAAGUUUAGGAAUUACAAGUUUGAUGUUGAAGAGUUCAUGAGGUUGAUUUCUAUCCUUGAGGACAGAGUUAGGGAGGACAACAGGUUCAAGGACAGCAGGGACAAGAGUGAGAAUAAGAAGGACAAGAUGAAAACAGAUAAAAGAGAUGAAAAUGAGAAACUAAGAUUCUAUGAAGAACUUUAAACACACAUUUUUAUUUUUACAACUUAUUUUAUAAAAUUUCCUUUUAUUGGUUUAAAAUCUCAUGUUCGUAAUUUAAUACCUCGUAGUUAUUUUCUGAUUAUUUUAAUUGAAAACUCUCUGAUCUUGAGAAUUUCUAAAUAUUUGUUUAUCUUUUAAAGUUUUGUUAUUCCCCGAAGAAUUGGCUGAAAUUUCUGCUGAGUUUCUUUUUAAUGUUUUCUCUAAUUCCCUCCAGCAAACAUUUAUCAGGAUAAUAGCUAAACUAUGUAAUAACAAGAGAGGGGUUGAGUGAUUAAUCCGAGCCUCCCUGCUCUACCCCCCCCCCCUCUUUUUCUCCAAUAAAAUUCAUUUACAACCAAAUCUAUUGGAAAUGGGAAAAGCUGUAACCUUACUCUUCAGAAUCAAGAUUACACAGAUAAGACCAGUAUUGGGUAUCCUGGGUGAUCAGUUUUAGAAACAUUCAAUAUUUUUUAAGCUGAGAGACUACACAAAUAUUUAAAAGACUACACAAAUAUUUAAAAGACUACACAAAUAUCUAAAAGACUACACAAAUAUUUAAAAGACUACACAAAAAUCUAAACGACUACACAAAUAUCUCAAAAACUACAGAAAUAUCUAAAAGUCUUUAUUAAAUGGUUAUUUUUUAACAAUUUUAUUUUAAAUACAUUCUGAAAAAUUUUGGCUCUGGCUAAAAAUCUUUCUGAUGCCAGCAACAGUAACACCCAUUCGUUUGUUUACUAAAGAUUUCCGGUAUUUUUAAUUUUUUUAUUAUUAUUUUCUGUUCGAGUAUAUAAAAAUGUUCAAAUUGUAAUUUAUAAGCAAACUUUUAUGAAACUUCUCAAAUUUUUGUGAAAUUGAAGCUUCAUAAAAUUUAAAAAAAACUUAUGUUAAAACUAGAACAAAUAAAAAACGAUGCAAUAGUUUAGGAACCUCCUUUACAGAUCCAUAACAAUUUACAACUCAAGGUUGAACCAGUAAUUCUGCACACAAUACUUGAUACUGUUUGUCCUAUCAGUGUAAUCUGUGGUAUCAAGGUUGUUUUUAAUUAGUUAGUUUUAUGUUGGGGGGGAGGGGGGAUAGGUUUAUGUUGGGAGAAAUCCUGCGGGAAAAUAUAAUUUAUUAAGCUUCUCUCUUAAUUUGUUUCUUUCCGUAAUUAGUUUUUUUAUUUAGACAUUUUUAGACAAUACAUAUUAAUAUGUUAUAUGUAUGUAUAUCUAUGAUACUUAUUAGUUACCAAAUUACAGGGACCAACUUACUUUUCCAAAGAGUUUUCUGAUAAAAAAAUGAAAACGAUCUGCACAAGUAAAUUCGUUAUGUUAAUUAAAAGCUGAAACUGGUAUUCUGGAAUGAUGUUGGAUGUCCUGUACCUAACUAACAACAACAACAAAAAUUCAUAGAUCAUUGGAAGCAACAUUAAAAUGUUGUCUUUUAUAAAAGGCUAAUCAUGCAAAAAAGUCAGAUUACAAGCUUUAUGGACUUGUUUCAUUCUUGAUUUAUUUAUUAAUGUUUGAACCAUGGAUGGACUUCCCUAAAGGCCUGAUUUGAUUUUAUGUGAUUUUAAAAAAUGCAGUCUGCUAAUAUAAAUGGUAAUAAUAAAGUCAUAUUUUAAUCAGCUUUUAAUCCCAUAACAUGAUCAUGUAAUAUUUUAAACGAAGGGUGUCCGAUAAAAGAUGUAACAGAAUUAUUCUGGGGACACCCUGUAAUAAAACCCUCUACUCCUAACCUUGCCUUUACUGUAAUCUAUCUGUGAUAACAAGUAUUAUUAACCAGUCUCAAGAAACCUGCAGGGAUAUUUCUAGGGGAGUUUGUCAGUUUUUUUUACAAAUCAUAUUUUCUUAUUUUCCAACUAACAAAUAUUAUCACAUUUUUCUUUUUUAACAAAUAACUAAUUUUUAUCCAUAAUAAUGUUCACUUAACUUGCCAAAAAAUUAUGUUCUUUGAAAAAGAGAAUUUGAUUGAAUAAAGCAAUCAAAUUUCUAUAAUCACUAUAUCUUUGCAUUCUGAUGGUGUAACUCUCAGAUAUUUUAAAUAUAGAUAUUUCAUUUGAACACAAUUCAUAAUUUUACGGGUUGUGGAUAUGAAGGGAUUCGAAAAUUAGAAAUUGUGGCGAUUGUUCAGUUCUUUAACAAUUGGAAGAUUGUAUUCCUGUAAACAAAGUGGAUGUGAACUCUUAUAUUGGCAGUUUCGCCCUGUAUACCAAUUUAGUUACAUUCAUAUUUUUUUCUUGAACAUUUAACAGUUAAAAUAUGAUAAAAUUUGACACUAAAAAAUGGGUUUGCAAGUUUGUUACUAUUACUUUAUACCAAAUUAAUUUUGUAUUGACCAAUUGUAACAUUGCUCUCACUAUGUAACAUUUAUUUAACCAAUUAUAAUUAUAAUUGUAUUCACCGUGUGUAACAUUAUGUAACCAAUUAUAACAUUGUAUUCACCGUGUGUAACAUUAUGUAACCAAUCGUAAUAUUGUAUUCACCGUGUGUAACAUUUAUGUAAACAUUUUUAACAUUUAUUUACCAUUUAUAGCAUUAAUUAAACCACAAUUGUGAAAAAUUUAAUUAAAGCAAAAAUUAUCCCCACAAAUAAAAAUUAAAUAACGGUCCCUGAAGACAAUCCCAGUUUUGUUAUAAAACAAACGGGUUAAUUGAACAUUAGUCACAAGAAUUUAGCUUAAAUCUAGUCUUCAAUAAGUUCUAACAUUGUAACAGUAUUAAUUAUCUAAAUUCUGUUCAUUACUUGAAUAAUAGUUUCAGA